AACGCGCAACCAUCAGCAAACCGCGACUCGAAACUUUCGGUCCCGCACCUGCGUACUAGCAAAAAAUUGCGAUUUGCGUAUUGGCGAUAAGAGUCGCCGAAGCGGUGGAUAGCCACUGCUUCGUCAACCCCAAGCCGGCAAGAUGAAUGGUAAUCAUCUGCCGGCUGGGCAGCCUGGAGGAGGCGUCGGCGGAGGUGUGGUGAGAGGACAAGUUGACAUGGGACCGGGCACAGGACCAACCGGUGGUCGCCAACGACGACCGCCGCCGCCUCAGUACCCAACCCACCAUCAACUUCAACAUCAGUAUUACUACCACCAACAACACGCCAGCCCAAUCUACCACAAUAGCUAUAUCGCCCCCUAUCCCCAGAGCUAUCAGGCUCCGCACCACUAUCAGAAUGGCGUUAUAGCAAACAACCCUUACAUACAGUACAACCCGUACUCUCAACGAUCUCCUCCCGCGAUACAUCAGCAAUAUGCUCCCAUCGUAUCGUCUAGUAUGCAACCUCAACAUCAGCCUUACCCUCGACCGCCUCCACAACAACAGCCUCCACAACAUCAUCAACAGCCUUCUCCAGCACUCUCGACUCCUCCUCCUUACGUGGCAGCGCCGCCGCCGCCGCCGCCACCUGUUCCCGUACCCGAAACACCUUCAUCUACGCACUCGUCGCAAGUCCUUCCAACUCCCUUGACACCCCUUACUCCGCAAAAUCAGGAAGUCGCCUCCAGUACUCCGGAUGUCGAGCUACGGUCCCAAUUACCUUUUAGACCUCCUCUACCAUGGUUAUCGCGGCCUGAUAUACCCUUCCCAGCCAAGUCUGCACGAUCUAGGAGAAGACGGCGAAUACAAGAUCCUAACGCCGAAUCGGUCGAGUUGCCCUCAAACCAAGGGAAGGGGCCAGAGUCUGGGGCUGUGCCCCAUGAAGAGGCCUUGGGAGGUGACGCUUCAUUGCCUGAAACUCCCACGCUCAAAUCCGCUGCUGCUGCCGACCUGAAUGGCACUAGCACCGACUUAUCGACACAUUCGGAAACUCCAUCAACACAAGAUGUGCCGUCGGAAGUCGCUCAAUCAACCUCACCUUCUACCCCUCAGUCAGUGCAUGCAGUUCAGUCCCCCACUGCUGCAUCUAUUACUCCUACCAAAGCCACGAAACCCGCCUCUCGUACAGCAGUACCAGCAGUCCCCGUCCUCCCCGCCUUCCCUAAGGCAAGCCCCAAGGAAGCAACCUCGUCUAGUAUCGAAGUCAAGCCAUCGGAGCGGAAACAGUCUGAGCCGCAAGCGACAACUGAAGCGCCCGUGACAGAGAAUUCAGUUGAAACAUCCCAAGCCGAAGUCAAACCAGAACCAGCCCCCGCCCCGGUAAAGGCAGCCCCGAAACUUUGGACCGGACUAUUCACCCGUCCGACACCCAGCCCUUCUUCGACUGGCGGCACUGGCACGGGAUCUGCGGGUACCGGCGCUACGACGGCUGGCGCCAUUCCAGACGGUGCGGUUCAGGGUAAUGGAAGCGUAGGUGUAGGUAGUUUUGCGAAGUCGAACGCAAGCUCUUUGGCUGAGGCUCUGCGGGCUUACAACGUUAGUGGCGAUAGGAAAAUUGCCUUCCUAGAACCCAGGGGUUUAAUCAAUACCGGAAACAUGUGUUAUAUGAAUUCCGUCUUGCAAGUUCUUAUUUUCUGUAUUCCAUUUUAUGACUUUCUGGACCAGGUUGGGAAGAAGGCGGCGCAUAGUUUCAAAAGCGAGACACCCCUGAUUGAUGCCAUGAUUAUGUUCAUGCGGGAAUACAAGGUCAUUGAUUCCGCGGUAUCUGUUGAACAGCUUCGCCGGAGGCUCAAGAGCGAGGAGCUCGAACAGUACGGCGAGCCUUUUACUCCAGAGUUUGUCUAUGAUGCUAUAAGGAAGCUUCCUAGAUUUGCCAGCAUGAGGCGUGGACACCAGCAGGAUGCCGAAGAAUUCCUCGGUUUCUUAUUAGAGGCGCUGCAUGAUGAAUGCGCUCAAGUAAUGCGGCACCUACCUAACUCGGGCGGAAACUCUACAGCCGGCUCUCCUUCAGCAACUUCACCUACGAGCGCCCCGGACACCAACGAUUGGUUAGAGGUAGGACGGCGACAACGAGCUGCCAUUACGCGAUCCUCAGGACAUCCCGUUGCGUUAUCUCCUAUUAGCAAGGUAUUCGGCGGGCAGCUAAGAUCCGAACUAAGAGUGUCGGGUCUACAAGACUCCGUGACCCUCGAGCCGUUCCAGCCGCUUCAACUAGAUAUCGGUUCGCCUCAGGUCCACAAUAUUGUUGAUGCGCUGAAGGGUCUUACCACGCCCGAGACUCUACAUGGUGAUUUCGGAUCUUCAAGGGGAAAGGAUGCGGUGGCCGUCAAACAGGUUUUUAUUGAAUCCCUACCACCGGUUCUCAUUCUCCACUUGAAGCGUUUCCAGUUCGAUACCGAGGGUACCGGAACUGUCAAGAUUUGGAAGAAAGUUGGAUAUCCACUUGAACUGGAACUUCCCAAAGAGAUCUUUUCGCGACAGAAGAGGAACAGCUUCCUCGCAGAAGGCCACGGCUUCCCUAAGUACAGAUUAAUCGCUGUGGUCUACCAUCACGGUAAGAACGCAAGUGGCGGGCACUACACCGUGGAUCUCAGGCGCCAGGAUGGCCGCGAAUGGAUUCGUCUAGACGACACGGUGAUCCGACGAGUCAGAAGCGAAGAUGUAGCUGAAGGGGGCGCCGAGGAUGAGCGUGUCAAGGCAACUACUCGACCAGACAAGAAGGAUAGUGUCGUCAGUGGUUCUGGAAACAGGUUCGAGGGAAUUGGCGACAACGAAGCUGGUGACGACGAGGGAUGGAACAAGGUCAGCGCUCCUACUAACGGAGCCAAGAAAUGGAGCUCCGUUGUCAACGGAGCAUCGAACACGGCUACUCAAGCAAAGGAAAAGCAUGCCAAGGACAACAUCAAAGACAACAAGGUGGCUUACCUACUAUUCUACCAGAGAGUCUAGAAGGCUCGACUGCCUCGAUGGAACAUUUGCCGUACUGGCUAGCAACCGCCGGUGUAGGGUGUAAUGGGAAUUUUACGUUCAAAAGGGAGGAUUGGUAUACCUAACGGUGGCAAGGUGUCGUUGGUAAUGA